GCGCCGACGGUAUGACGUCACUGGACGAUCGACCGCCGACGAAACGAGACGACUCAACGGCUAAGGGCACAACGAACGAGCGGGAAAAGGACGAACGGUGGAGGCAAGGUGGACAACGGAGGAGCAGGAGGAGAAGGAAGGCGGCAAGACACAAACUCUCAACCUGGAGUAAAGCGAAGGGGACUACGCGGCACGGACGUUCGUGGGGCCAGCCGACGCCGACAACGAGUUGAAACCUGCAGGCAAAGUGAACGUGGCGUUGGAGCUGCCUUUUAGCGCUUAGGAAGCGCAGGGAAGCGGGGAGAGGCAAGAGGCGAGAGACGAGAGAAGCGGGUUCGAGAGAGAACGGAUCGAGCUUCGUAUGCUUCGGCUUCGGCGUCCCCCUGCAGGCUGAAGGCGUUUCGAGGUAGUGAGGAGCACGCACGCGACGACGCUAGGAGCCGCACCACCGGACAGCACCGAUGUUAUACGCCAUUUUGUGUUAGUGUCAAAGAGACGCGUUGGUCGCGAGUAUCUGUCCCCGUAGGGAUGUUUUUUUUCUUCAUUUUCUCAAAUGAAUGAGAUCUCCGUGGUGGACAUUGCCGUGAUCAAGGAGGUGUGCCAGUGGAGCAAGGCACUAUCAUCGAGGUGCUCUGUGUUCAUUUGGUGCGAUAUUUUAUGUUAUUAUACACACCUAACGCAAGAGAGUAAAAAAAAGUGCUAGAGGAGUAAUAUAUUGUAAUAUAUACACGCGAGAUAAUGAACAUCAUUCGACGAGAGGUAUUAUUAAGGUGAAGAAAACGACGCGUGAUACCUCAACAACAACAAAAACGCCAGCAGGAUUUGAAUACAUUUUACGCGACGGCCAGGAUUAGGACGGUGAAAGCAGGGGCGCGAGAAUGCGCACCCCGGCAGAAGCAGACACGCUGUCUCAAUCCGAGGCCUUCGCCUUCGAUACUUCAGAAUUGGAAAAGGCGGCAGCUGCGGUUAAUCAGGUUGUUCUGUCCGCUUCCCAGCCGGAGACACAUAUUUUCACCAACAGCAUGCUGUGUAUUCAAGAAGAGUUGGGGCAGCUGAGUGGCAUUGCUGGAGGACUAACGAUCGCUAGUCCUCAUGAAAUACCAUUACCUGAUAGCAGUACCACAGAGAGCAACAGCAAGUCAAGCGGGAGUGGAACAAAGUGCUCUCCCGUCUCUGGCACUCUAGACGCUCAAAGAUCCGGCUGGAUCGAGGGUAUUUUUGGAUGUCUUCGGCCCGUUUGGACGAUAAUCGGAAAAGCUGCAGUUAACGAAAUUAAAGGACACCAAACCAAUGACUGGGAGAUACCGUUCGAAUCCAUCAGCGAACUGCAGUGGCUUGGUUCAGGAGCUCAAGGUGCGGUGUUCAGGGGAAAACUGACCGGAGAAAUAGUAGCUGUGAAAAAAGUUAGAGAACCUCGUGAGACUGAUAUACGCCAUUUGCGCAAGCUCAAUCACCCAAAUAUUGUAAAAUUCAAAGGCGUCUGCACACAAGCACCAUGCUACUGUAUUGUCAUGGAGUUUUGCCCGUAUGGACCACUGUACGAUUUGUUACGCGCCGGGGAACCUGUACCUCCUCCUCGUCUCGUUUCUUGGGCAAGACAAAUUGCAGCUGGAAUGCACUACCUGCAUUCUCACAAAAUUAUUCACAGAGAUUUGAAAAGUCCCAAUGUCUUGAUUGGUCGUGGAGAAGUCGUGAAAAUCAGCGAUUUUGGAACGAGCAGAGAAUGGAACGAGAUCAGUACGCGGAUGAGUUUUGCAGGGACAGUUGCCUGGAUGGCCCCAGAGAUUAUUCGAAGUGAACCUUGUUCUGAAAAAGUUGAUAUAUGGUCUUACGGAGUUGUGCUGUGGGAGUUGCUGAGCGGAGAGAUACCGUACAAAGACGUAGAUUCCUCAGCGAUAAUUUGGGGCGUGGGUAAUAACUCUCUUCAUCUGCCAAUUCCCGCCAGUUGUCCGGAAGGCUUCAGACUUCUGGUCAAACAGUGUUGGGCUGCGAAACCACGUAACAGGCCAUCCUUUAAGAAUAUCCUAAUUCACCUUGAUAUCGCAGCUGUGGAAGUGCUCAGCAGAAAACCUGACGAAUAUUUCAGAACACAGCAAUCCUGGAAGGAAGAAAUCAGGGUGCAUAUGAAGCAAAUGCAAACUAAUAGUUGCAGCACACCAAGGUUUGAGGCAGAUCUUAUUCGUCGCAGAGAAGAUGAGCUGAGGCAUGCCCAGGAUAUCCGGGAACAUUACGAGCGCAAGCUCGAAAGAACAAAUAAUCUCUACUUGGAGUUGAGCGCUGUUUUAUUACAACUUGAACAACGCGAACGGGAUGUUGUAAAGAGAGAACAACAGACUGGGCACAAACAGUGUAAAAAACGGCUGGUACAUCCUUUGCUGAAAGCUCAAGAGAGGCUCCACCGCAAACGUAAUCCAACAAUCAACUUGUCUACCUCAUCGACACCAACGACUCCACCUUCUCCUGCUGAAUCUCCGCAGAGUCCAGUGAAAGCGACUUUAUAUACGCAAUUGAAUGAAUCUAAUCAACCAGAGACGGUAUUGGCUCCAAGCAAUAGCUUUAAACAGCGUAAAUUCAGACAUCGUAGAGUAGGCUCUGGUUGUGGUGUCAGCUCCAGUCCUAGGACAAGUCCGCACCAUGAAAGAAAAAAUACUGACGCAGCUCAUCAUCGGUAUGUCGACAGUCAAACUCAAACAGAUGUGAUGGAUCUGAGCGAAACUGAUUUCAGUCCUGUUGCACAGACCGCUUCUAUAGACAAAUUUGUAUUGGAAUUAUCCAGCAGGCAAUCGUCGUCCAGACGCAAAUCCGAAUGCCUCAAUGGCAAUACCAUUAACUCAGAAACUCACUACAGGAUGCAAUCUAGUCCCUGUUCAAGCCCUGAACCACCCGACGAAAAUCACAUAAACGGAAACGAACGCCUUCGAGAUUGCAGCGACGACGAUAAUCUUGAAACCUUAGGUCGAAAAGUCAGCGAGAUACUUAAUGCCAAUAGGCUCAUAUCGUCAAUUGAUAACGGAAAUUGUGACGAUGUUAUUAUAUCGCACAGGGGAAAGGAGGAACUUAUGAAACUACCAGGUCAAAUUUGUGGCAUCAUAAUAAGCGGAACUGAUGUACACAAUGAUUCCGACCUGAAAUCAAGACCAUGUUCAGACAACAUAGAUUCGCUUUGCAAUCACGAGGAUGAGGCGUGUGAGGAGAGUUGGUCUGAUGAAGAAGGCGAGGAUCCUAGUUACACCUAUAAUUUUUCUCUUCGGCGUAGAAGCAUUGCGAGAAGGCCUAUUGGACCUGGUUGCAGAAUGAGAAGAUCCAAGCAAACGCUGACAAACACUGAAUGUGUACUUGCUUCUGAUGAAGAAAAUACUUCAGAAUACUCACACCCGCCAUCCAGUCAAUCGUCAACUCUAGAAAGCAAUCCGGAUGUCCAGCGAGCGUUGCGACACAUACAACAUUCACAGAAGAGAAAAGUUCUAGACGAUGAGGGCACUUCUGAUACAUCCAGUCAAUCGGAAACUGACGAGGUCAGUGAUACAACAAUUGCAUCACAGCCGACAAAGGCACCUGUAAAAAUUGAAAGCACAGUAUAGGGUACAGAAAGUAGUUUGAUAUAGAAAAAGAAACAAAAAGAAAACCUGAAUUAUAGACUAUAUAAAGAUAAAAUUCGCAGAGCAUUACCAUAACAUAUAAGGAAGUUUGAAACGUUGAUUGAAGAUUCGAAAUUAAUAAAAACAAAAAUGUAUUGCCAGGUAACUGCUGGAUGAAAACGUGUCUUAUACAUUCUCAACACUUUCUAUGCAAUAAAUCGACUACUUUUAAAUGGUUUAUAAACAGGGUACAAAGAGAUAAAAAUAAGAAAAAAAAAACACAAUAAUGCCGUAUUGAUCCGAAUAUCAAACAAGGAUUUUUGUUGUUGACAGCGACCGCCAAAAUCGUCCUCGUUUAAACGUCGACCCGUCUUAUUUGCGAGUAACUAUGAAACACAUCCUAAAAUACUGUCUCGGAAUUGGGGGUCGUCUUAUACUCUGAACAAUACGAUAAUUGUUUGUUAUUUUUCUUUUUUUUCUUUCAAAAAGAAACGUAGUAAAUGUUUAUGGGUGAAGUGAACCAUGCUCACAAAACCUUACUUGAAUUACCUUAAAUACGUUUUGUCCUUUUCACUCCUUCAGCGAGACCAAAAGAUGAGAUACACCCAAGUUGACUCGAGUAAUGCUUGUGAAUUUACCUCUUUCAAUAAUCCUCGGAAGCCUUUUUGAUUAAUAAUUCUUUCACAUUCCAUAAAGACACACGAUUCAAGUGACAAUGAGAUAUGUAAAGAAAAAAUGAAGUCCAUCGAUUAAAAUAAUAUCAGAGGUAAGAGAAAUAG